AUGGCCAAGGGCAAGCUGUCGUCUGGCGGCGUCAAGAGCUCUGUGGCGGACAAAACCACCGCGGCAGCCAUCCACACGCUGCCCCGAAUCCAGGGAGACGACACUGUCUACGUGCCCGACAAGGUGAACCGACACAACAUGAACCCGACCUACUUCCUGCCCCGAGCGGCCGAGAUCGAGCCCAACGCCAAGGCCUACAUCCACAAGGGCGCCGACGGCGUUCGUGUGGAGCGCACCUACGGCGAGAUGGCCGACCGAGUGCUGGGACUCGCCACCUACUUCAAAAGCAAGGAGUUUAAGCGGGUGGCCAUCUGUGGACCCAAUACGCCCGCCCACCUCGAGACCAUGUUCGGAGCCGUGGCCGCAGGUGCCUACGUGCUGGGCCUCAACUACCGGCUCACCAUGGGCGAAAUCACCUACAAGAUGGAGCUGGGAGACGCCGACUGCGUCGUGGUCGACCGGGAGUUUGUGCACCUGAUCUCGCCCGAGAUCCGAGCAAAGUGCCAGGUCAUUGUGGACGACGAUGUGUCUGGAGCCUCCAAGCCCCAGCAGCCCGGAGAGAUUCUCUACUCCAAUGUCGUCCAGCAGGGCAUGCAGCUGGCUAAGGAGCAAAAGACAACCUGGGACAAUCUGCACGUCCAGAACGAAGACGAAGACGAAAUUCUAGGCCUCUUCUACACGUCUGGAACCACCGGAAAACCCAAGGCCGUCGAGUACACCCAUCGAUCCGUCUACCUGUGUGCCAUGUCCAACAUCAUCGAGGCUGGUCUCAACUGCGAGACCGUCGAUGGACACAACCGAUGCCACUAUCUGUGGACUCUGCCUCUGUUCCACGCCGCCGGUUGGACCUUCCCUUACUCGGUGACGGCGGUUCGUGGCACACACGUGCUGCUGCGAAAGAUUGAGCCCGAUUACAUCUGGGAUCUGCUUGUUGACGACCGAAUCACCCACUUCAACGCCGCCCCCACCGUCAACAACAUGCUGGUGAACAACCCCAAGGCCCGACGUCUCCCCCAGACCGUUCGUGUCACCGUUGCUGCCUCUCCUCCCUCCGCAGCUCUCUUCAACAAGAUGUUCGACAUGAACCUUCACCCCGUGCACAUGUACGGCCUCACUGAGUCCUAUGGCCCGUUUGUGCGAAACUACUUCCUGCAGGACUGGCACGGAGCCACUGGCGAUGAGCGGUACGCUCUCAUGGCCCGUCAGGGAUUCGCCUUUGUCGGCUCGCAGUCUGUCCAGGUGAUUGCCAACAACGACAUCAACCAGCCCGUACCCCGAAAUGGACAGGAGAUUGGCGAGAUUGUGUGCCGAGGAAACGCAGUCAUGGCCCGAUAUCACAAGGACCCUGAGGCCACGGCCAAGGCGUUUGAGCAGGGCUGGUUCCACACCGGCGAUCUGGCAGUCGUCAACCCCGACGGCUCCAUCAAGAUUCUCGACAGAAAGAAGGACAUUAUCAUUUCCGGCGGUGAGAACAUCUCUUCCGUGGCCGUCGAGGGCAUCAUCUGCAAGUAUGACAACGUCCUGGAGGUUGCUGUGGUUGGCAUCCCUGACGAAAAGUACGGUGAGGUCCCCAAGGCGUUCCUGAUUCUGAAGGACAAGUCCAAGCCUUUCGACACUGACAAGAUGAUUGCCUGGAUGCGGGAGCGAAUGGGUGCCUACCAGAUUCCUCGACAGGUGUCUGUGGUCGACGAUCUGCCCCGAACCUCCACUGGUAAGAUCAAGAAGAACGUUCUUCGAGACUCUGUGCAGGCUGCCUAG